AUGGGUAGGCUGCAGCCGCUUUUAGAUAAGUGGCGGCGGCAGCCGGUGGCGGAUUUCGACCCUAGAGCCACAGAUAUAGGAAACAGUGUGUGCGCCAUGGUGCAUGGCUUUCUGCCAUACUUCUAUGUGAUGGCACCGUCGCAAUUCACAUACGAUGAUGUUGCUGCCUUCCACACACAACUCUCGGAAAGGGGUCAGGCAAAGGGAGUGGUGGUGAUAAGAGUGGAGAUGCUUAAAGCGCAGGGCCUGCUUUACUAUCAAGGCCCUGAUAAGAAGACAUUCCUUAAAAUCACACUCGCUCUGCCCACGAUGGUGGCUCCAUGCCGAGCAUACUUUGAACAGGGCUUUGAGUGGAACGGCUUUCACUUCCCCUCCACCACCUAUGAGAGCAACGUGCUGUUUGCGCUGCGCUUCAUGAUUGACUGCCACGUCACCGGGGGCAACUGGAUCUCGCUGCCAGCUGGCACGUACCGCGUGCGCGAGGACGCGCGGAAGCUGUCGGCGUGCCAGCUGGAGGUUGAUAUCCUCGGGCGCAAGGGGCACUUCCCAGAGCCGCAGCACGACCCGGUCAUUCAGAUCGCCAAUAUAGUUUCCCAGCAGGGCAGCAGCGACCCGCUGGUUCGCACCGUGCUCACCCUCGGCUCCUGUGCUCCCAUCGUUGGGUGCGAUGUCGUGGCUUUCGAGACGGAGCAGCAGCUGCUGCUGGCAUGGAAGGAGCUCAUCCAGGCGACAGACCCUGACAUGAUUAUCGGCUACAACAUUCAGAAGUUCGAUCUGCCCUACUUGAUUGAGAGAGCCGAGAAGCUGAAUUUGAAGACCUUCCCGUUCCUCGGUCGGAUCCUCAACACCCAGCUCAAGAUGCGAGAUGCUCGCUUCCAAUCCAGGCAGUACGGCACGAGGGAGACCAAAGAGGUGACACUGGAUGGGCGUGUGCAGUUUGAUCUGCUGGUGGCGAUUCAGAGAGAGCACAAGCUCAGCUCCUACUCCCUCAACUCCGUCUCCGCUCAUUUCCUCAACGAACAGAAGGAGGACGUGCAUCACUCCAUUAUUGCUGACCUUCAGAACGGCGACGCCCAAACGCGUCGCCGCCUGGCCGUCUACUGCCUGAAAGACGCAUACCUGCCACAGCGGCUGCUGGAGAAGCUCAUGAUGGUCUACAAUUACGUUGAAAUGGCCCGGGUUACUGGUGUUCCUAUUUCCUUCCUUCUUGCGCGUGGGCAAAGUAUCAAGACUUGGUCCGCGCGCGCGCCUUGCUCCGUGUGCGCGCCUUGGUCCGGGCGCGCGCCUUGGUCCGCGCGCGCCCCUUGGUCCGCGCGCGCGCCUUGGUUCGCGCGCGCGCCUUGGUUCGCGCGCGCGCCUUGGUCCGGGCGCGCGCCUUGGUCCGGGCGCGCGCCUUGGUCCGAGCGCGCGCCUUGGUCCGGGCGCGCGCCUUGGUCCGGGCGCGCGCCUUGGUCCGGGCGCGCGCCUUGGUCCGGGCGCGCGCCUUGGUCCGGGCGCGCGCCUUGGUCCGGGCGCGCGCCUUGGUCCGGGCGCGCGCCUUGGUCCGGGCGCGCGCCUUGGUCCGGGCGCGCGCCUUGGUCCGGGCGCGCGCCUUGGUCCGGGCGCGCGCCCCUUGGUCCCGGCGCGCGCCUUGGUCCGGGCGCGCGCCUUGGUCCGCGCGCGCGCCUUGGUCCGGGCGCGCGCCUUGGUCCGGGCGCGUGCCUUGGUCCGCGCGCGCGCGCCUUGGUCCGGGCGCGCGCCCCUUGGUCCGCGCGCGCGCGCCUUGGUCCGGGCGCGCGCCUUGGUCCGCGGGCGCGCCUUCGUCUGCGCGCGCGCCUUGGUCCGGGCGCGCGCCUUGGUCCGCGCGCGCGCCUUGGUCCGCGCGCGCGCCUUGGUCCACGCGCGCGCCUUGGUCCGGGCGCGCGCCUUGGUCCGGGCGCGCGCCUUGGUCCGGGCGCGGGCCUUGGUCCGGGCGCGCGCCUUGGUCCGGCCGCGCGCCUUGGUCCGGGCACGCGCGCCUUGGUCCGGGCGCGCAUCAGCAUCAGCAUCAGCGCAUCAGCAUCAGCGCAUCAGCAUCAGCGCAUCAGCAUCAGCAUCAGCAUCAGCGCAUCAGCAUCAGCGCAUCAGCAUCAGCGCAUCAGCAUCAGCGCAUCAGCAUCAGCGCAUCAGCAUCAGCGCAUCAGCAUCAGCGCAUCAGCAUCAGCAUCAGCGCAUCAGCAUCAGCGCAUCAGCAUCAGCGCAUCAGCAUCAGCGCAUCAGCAUCAGCGCAUCAGCAUCAGCGCAUCAGCAUCAGCAUCAGCAUCACCAUCAGCAUCAGCGCAUCAGCAUCAGCGCAUCAGCAUCAGCGCAUCAGCAUCAGCAUCAGCGCAUCAGCAUCAGCAUCAGCGCAUCAAUUUCUGCGCAUCAGCAUCAGCGCAUCAGCAUCAGCGCAUCAGCAUCAGCGCAUCAGCAUCAGCGCAUCAGCAUCAGCGCAUCAGCAUCAGCGCAUCAGCAUCAGCGCAUCAGCAUCAGCGCAUCAGCAUCAGCGCAUCAGCAUCAGCAUCAGCGCAUCAGCAUCAGCGCAUCAGCAUCAGCGCAUCAGCAUCAGCGCAUCAGCAUCAGCGCAUCAGCAUCAGCGCAUCAGCAUCAGCAUCAGCGCAUCAGCAUCAGCAUCAGCGCAUCAGCAUCAGCGCAUCAGCAUCAGCGCAUCAGCAUCAGCGCAUCAGCAUCAGCGCAUCAGCAUCAGCGCAUCAGCAUCAGCGCAUCAGCAUCAGCGCAUCAGCAUCAGCGCAUCAGCAUCAGCAUCAGCAUCAGCGCAUCAGCAUCAGCGCAUCAGCAUCAGCGCAUCAGCAUCAGCAUCAGCGCAUCAGCAUCAGCAUCAGCGCAUCAGCAUCAGCAUCAGCGCAUCAGCAUCAGCGCAUCAGCAUCAGCAUCAGCGCAUCAGCAUCAGCGCAUCAGCAUCAGCGCAUCAGCAUCAGCGCAUCAGCAUCAGCGCAUCAGCAUCAGCGCAUCAGCAUCAGCGCAUCAGCAUCAGCGCAUCAGCAUCAGCGCAUCAGCAUCAGCGCAUCAGCAUCAGCGCAUCAGCAUCAGCGCAUCAGCAUCAGCGCAUCAGCAUCAGCGCAUCAGCAUCAGCGCAUCAGCAUCAGCGCAUCAGCAUCAGCGCAUCAGCAUCAGCGCAUCAGCAUCAGCGCAUCAGCAUCAGCGCAUCAGCAUCAGCGCAUCAGCAUCAGCGCAUCAGCAUCAGCGCAUCAGCAUCAGCGCAUCAGCAUCAGCGCAUCAGCAUCAGCGCAUCAGCAUCAGCGCAUCAGCAUCAGCGCAUCAGCAUCAGCGCAUCAGCAUCAGCAUCAGCGCAUCAGCAUCAGCAUCAGCAUCAGCAUCAGCGCAUCAGCAUCAGCGCAUCAGCAUCAGCGCAUCAGCAUCAGCGCAUCAGCAUCAGCGCAUCAGCAUCAGCAUCAGCGCAUCAGCAUCAGCGCAUCAGCAUCAGCAUCAGCGCAUCAGCAUCAGCGCAUCAGCAUCAGCGCAUCAGCAUCAGCGCAUCAGCAUCAGCGCAUCAGCAUCAGCGCAUCAGCAUCAGCGCAUCAGCAUCAGCGCAUCAGCAUCAGCGCAUCAGCAUCAGCGCAUCAGCAUCAGCGCAUCAGCAUCAGCGCAUCAGCAUCAGCGCAUCAGCAUCAGCGCAUCAGCAUCAGCGCAUCAGCAUCAGCGCAUCAGCAUCAGCGCAUCAGCAUCAGCAUCAGCGCAUCAGCAUCAGCAUCAGCGCAUCAGCAUCAGCGCAUCAGCAUCAGCGCAUCAGCAUCAGCGCAUCAGCAUCAGCGCAUCAGCAUCAGCAUCAGCGCAUCAGCAUCAGCGCAUCAGCAUCAGCGCAUCAGCAUCAGCGCAUCAGCAUCAGCGCAUCAGCAUCAGCGCAUCAGCAUCAGCGCAUCAGCAUCAGCGCAUCAGCAUCAGCGCAUCAGCAUCAGCGCAUCAGCAUCAGCGCAUCAGCAUCAGCGCAUCAGCAUCAGCGCAUCAGCAUCAGCGCAUCAGCAUCAGCGCAUCAGCAUCAGCGCAUCAGCAUCAGCAUCAGCAUCAGCGCAUCAGCAUCAGCGCAUCAGCAUCAGCGCAUCAGCAUCAGCAUCAGCGCAUCAGCAUCAGCGCAUCAGCAUCAGCAUCAGCGCAUCAGCAUCAGCAUCAGCGCAUCAGCAUCAGCAUCAGCGCAUCAGCAUCAGCAUCAGCGCAUCAGCAUCAGCAUCAGCGCAUCAGCAUCAGCGCAUCAGCAUCAGCGCAUCAGCAUCAGCGCAUCAGCAUCAGCGCAUCAGCAUCAGCGCAUCAGCAUCAGCGCAUCAGCAUCAGCGCAUCAGCAUCAGCGCAUCAGCAUCAGCGCAUCAGCAUCAGCGCAUCAGCAUCAGCGCAUCAGCAUCAGCGCAUCAGCAUCAGCGCAUCAGCAUCAGCGCAUCAGCAUCAGCGCAUCAGCAUCAGCGCAUCAGCAUCAGCAUCAGCAUCAGUAUCAGCAUCAGCAUCAGCAUCAGCAUCAGCCCAUCAGCAUCAGCCCAUCAGCAUCAGCAUAAGCGCAUCAGCAUCAGCAUAAGCGCAUCAGCAUCAGCAUCAGCGCAUCAGCAUCAGCAUCAGCGCAUCAGCAUCAGCAUCAGCGCAUCAGCAUCAGCGCAUCAGCAUCAGCGCAUCAGCAUCAGCGCAUCAGCAUCAGCGCAUCAGCAUCAGCGCAUCAGCAUCAGCGCAUCAGCAUCAGCGCAUCAGCAUCAGCGCAUCAGCAUCAGCGCAUCAGCAUCAGCGCAUCAGCAUCAGCGCAUCAGCAUCAGCGCAUCAGCAUCAGCGCAUCAGCAUCAGCGCAUCAGCAUCAGCGCAUCAGCAUCAGCGCAUCAGCAUCAGCAUCAGCAUCAGUAUCAGCAUCAGCAUCAGCAUCAGCAUCAGCCCAUCAGCAUCAGCCCAUCAGCAUCAGCGCAUCAGCAUCAGCGCAUCAGCAUCAGCAUCAGCGCAUCAGCAUCAGCAUCAGCGCAUCAGCAUCAGCGCAUCAGCAUCAGCGCAUCAGCAUCAGCGCAUCAGCAUCAGCAUCAGCAUCAGCGCAUCAGCAUCAGCGCAUCAGCAUCAGCGCAUCAGCAUCAGCGCAUCAGCAUCAGCGCAUCAGCAUCAGCGCAUCAGCAUCAGCGCAUCAGCAUCAGCAUCAGCGCAUCAGCAUCAGCGCAUCAGCAUCAGCGCAUCAGCAUCAGCGCAUCAGCAUCAGCGCAUCAGCAUCAGCGCAUCAGCAUCAGCGCAUCAGCAUCAGCAUCAGCAUCAGCGCAUCAGCAUCAGCGCAUCAGCAUCAGCGCAUCAGCAUCAGCGCAUCAGCAUCAGCGCAUCAGCAUCAGCGCAUCAGCAUCAGCGCAUCAGCAUCAGCGCAUCAGCAUCAGCGCAUCAGCAUCAGCGCAUCAGCAUCAGCAUCAGCAUCAGUAUCAGCAUCAGCAUCAGCAUCAGCAUCAGCCCAUCAGCAUCAGCCCAUCAGCAUCAGCGCAUCAGCAUCAGCGCAUCAGCAUCAGCAUCAGCGCAUCAGCAUCAGCAUCAGCGCAUCAGCAUCAGCGCAUCAGCAUCAGCGCAUCAGCAUCAGCGCAUCAGCAUCAGCAUCAGCAUCAGCGCAUCAGCAUCAGCGCAUCAGCAUCAGCGCAUCAGCAUCAGCAUCAGCAUCAGCAUCACAUCAGCGCAUCAGCAUCAGCGCAUCAGCAUCAGCGCAUCAGCAUCAGCGCAUCAGCAUCAGCGCAUCAGCAUCAGCAUCAGCAUCAGCGCAUCAGCAUCAGCGCAUCAGCAUCAGCGCAUCAGCAUCAGCGCAUCAGCAUCAGCGCAUCAGCAUCAGCGCAUCAGCAUCAGCAUCAGCGCAUCAGCAUCAGCGCAUCAGCAUCAGCGCAUCAGCAUCAGCGCAUCAGCAUCAGCGCAUCAGCAUCAGCGCAUCAGCAUCAGCGCAUCAGCAUCAGCGCAUCAGCAUCAGCGCAUCAGCAUCAGCAUCAGCGCAUCAGCAUCAGCGCAUCAGCAUCAGCGCAUCAGCAUCAGCGCAUCAGCAUCAGCGCAUCAGCAUCAGCGCAUCAGCAUCAGCGCAUCAGCAUCAGCGCAUCAGCAUCAGCGCAUCAGCAUCAGCAUCAGCGCAUCAGCAUCAGCGCAUCAGCAUCAGCGCAUCAGCAUCAGCGCAUCAGCAUCAGCAUCAGCGCAUCAGCAUCAGCGCAUCAGCAUCAGCAUCAGCAUCAGCGCAUCAGCAUCAGCGCAUCAGCAUCAGCGCAUCAGCAUCAGCGCAUCAGCAUCAGCGCAUCAGCAUCAGCGCAUCAGCAUCAGCGCAUCAGCAUCAGCAUCAGCGCAUCAGCAUCAGCGCAUCAGCAUCAGCGCAUCAGCAUCAGCGCAUCAGCAUCAGCGCAUCAGCAUCAGCGCAUCAGCAUCAGCGCAUCAGCAUCAGCGCAUCAGCAUCAGCGCAUCAGCAUCAGCGCAUCAGCAUCAGCGCAUCAGCAUCAGCGCAUCAGCAUCAGCAUCAGCGCAUCAGCAUCAGCGCAUCAGCAUCAGCGCAUCAGCAUCAGCGCAUCAGCAUCAGCGCAUCAGCAUCAGCGCAUCAGCAUCAGCGCAUCAGCAUCAGCGCAUCAGCAUCAGCGCAUCAGCAUCAGCGCAUCAGCAUCAGCGCAUCAGCAUCAGCGCAUCAGCAUCAGCGCAUCAGCAUCAGCGCAUCAGCAUCAGCAUCAGCGCAUCAGCAUCAGCGCAUCAGCAUCAGCGCAUCAGCAUCAGCGCAUCAGCAUCAGCGCAUCAGCAUCAGCGCAUCAGCAUCAGCAUCAGCAUCACCAUCAGCAUCAGCGCAUCAGCAUCAGCGCAUCAGCAUCAGCGCAUCAGCAUCAGCAUCAGCGCAUCAGCAUCAGCAUCAGCGCAUCAAUUUCUGCGCAUCAGCAUCAGCGCAUCAGCAUCAGCGCAUCAGCAUCAGCGCAUCAGCAUCAGCGCAUCAGCAUCAGCGCAUCAGCAUCAGCGCAUCAGCAUCAGCGCAUCAGCAUCAGCAUCAGCGCAUCAGCAUCAGCAUCAGCGCAUCAGCAUCAGCGCAUCAGCAUCAGCGCAUCAGCAUCAGCGCAUCAGCAUCAGCGCAUCAGCAUCAGCGCAUCAGCAUCAGCGCAUCAGCAUCAGCGCAUCAGCAUCAGCGCAUCAGCAUCAGCGCAUCAGCAUCAGCGCAUCAGCAUCAGCGCAUCAGCAUCAGCGCAUCAGCAUCAGCGCAUCAGCAUCAGCGCAUCAGCAUCAGCAUCAGCGCAUCAGCAUCAGCGCAUCAGCAUCAGCAUCAGCGCAUCAGCAUCAGCGCAUCAGCAUCAGCGCAUCAGCAUCAGCGCAUCAGCAUCAGCGCAUCAGCAUCAGCGCAUCAGCAUCAGCGCAUCAGCAUCAGCAUCAGCGCAUCAGCAUCAGCGCAUCAGCAUCAGCGCAUCAGCAUCAGCGCAUCAGCAUCAGCAUCAGCGCAUCAGCAUCAGCGCAUCAGCAUCAGCAUCAGCAUCAGCGCAUCAGCAUCAGCGCAUCAGCAUCAGCGCAUCAGCAUCAGCGCAUCAGCAUCAGCGCAUCAGCAUCAGCGCAUCAGCAUCAGCGCAUCAGCAUCAGCAUCAGCGCAUCAGCAUCAGCGCAUCAGCAUCAGCGCAUCAGCAUCAGCGCAUCAGCAUCAGCGCAUCAGCAUCAGCGCAUCAGCAUCAGCGCAUCAGCAUCAGCGCAUCAGCAUCAGCGCAUCAGCAUCAGCGCAUCAGCAUCAGCGCAUCAGCAUCAGCGCAUCAGCAUCAGCAUCAGCGCAUCAGCAUCAGCGCAUCAGCAUCAGCGCAUCAGCAUCAGCGCAUCAGCAUCAGCGCAUCAGCAUCAGCGCAUCAGCAUCAGCGCAUCAGCAUCAGCGCAUCAGCAUCAGCGCAUCAGCAUCAGCGCAUCAGCAUCAGCGCAUCAGCAUCAGCGCAUCAGCAUCAGCGCAUCAGCAUCAGCGCAUCAGCAUCAGCAUCAGCGCAUCAGCAUCAGCGCAUCAGCAUCAGCGCAUCAGCAUCAGCGCAUCAGCAUCAGCGCAUCAGCAUCAGCGCAUCAGCAUCAGCAUCAGCAUCACCAUCAGCAUCAGCGCAUCAGCAUCAGCGCAUCAGCAUCAGCGCAUCAGCAUCAGCAUCAGCGCAUCAGCAUCAGCAUCAGCGCAUCAAUUUCUGCGCAUCAGCAUCAGCGCAUCAGCAUCAGCGCAUCAGCAUCAGCGCAUCAGCAUCAGCGCAUCAGCAUCAGCGCAUCAGCAUCAGCGCAUCAGCAUCAGCGCAUCAGCAUCAGCAUCAGCGCAUCAGCAUCAGCAUCAGCGCAUCAGCAUCAGCGCAUCAGCAUCAGCGCAUCAGCAUCAGCGCAUCAGCAUCAGCGCAUCAGCAUCAGCGCAUCAGCAUCAGCGCAUCAGCAUCAGCGCAUCAGCAUCAGCGCAUCAGCAUCAGCGCAUCAGCAUCAGCGCAUCAGCAUCAGCGCAUCAGCAUCAGCGCAUCAGCAUCAGCGCAUCAGCAUCAGCGCAUCAGCAUCAGCAUCAGCGCAUCAGCAUCAGCAUCAGCGCAUCAGCAUCAGCAUCAGCGCAUCAGCAUCAGCGCAUCAGCAUCAGCAUCAGCGCAUCAGCAUCAGCGCAUCAGCAUCAGCGCAUCAGCAUCAGCGCAUCAGCAUCAGCGCAUCAGCAUCAGCGCAUCAGCAUCAGCGCAUCAGCAUCAGCGCAUCAGCAUCAGCGCAUCAGCAUCAGCGCAUCAGCAUCAGCGCAUCAGCAUCAGCGCAUCAGCAUCAGCGCAUCAGCAUCAGCGCAUCAGCAUCAGCGCAUCAGCAUCAGCGCAUCAGCAUCAGCGCAUCAGCAUCAGCGCAUCAGCAUCAGCGCAUCAGCAUCAGCGCAUCAGCAUCAGCGCAUCAGCAUCAGCGCAUCAGCAUCAGCGCAUCAGCAUCAGCGCAUCAGCAUCAGCGCAUCAGCAUCAGCGCAUCAGCAUCAGCGCAUCAGCAUCAGCAUCAGCGCAUCAGCAUCAGCAUCAGCAUCAGCAUCAGCGCAUCAGCAUCAGCGCAUCAGCAUCAGCGCAUCAGCAUCAGCGCAUCAGCAUCAGCGCAUCAGCAUCAGCGCAUCAGCAUCAGCAUCAGCGCAUCAGCAUCAGCGCAUCAGCAUCAGCAUCAGCGCAUCAGCAUCAGCGCAUCAGCAUCAGCGCAUCAGCAUCAGCGCAUCAGCAUCAGCGCAUCAGCAUCAGCGCAUCAGCAUCAGCGCAUCAGCAUCAGCGCAUCAGCAUCAGCAUCAGCGCAUCAGCAUCAGCAUCAGCGCAUCAGCAUCAGCGCAUCAGCAUCAGCGCAUCAGCAUCAGCGCAUCAGCAUCAGCGCAUCAGCAUCAGCGCAUCAGCAUCAGCGCAUCAGCAUCAGCAUCAGCGCAUCAGCAUCAGCAUCAGCGCAUCAGCAUCAGCGCAUCAGCAUCAGCGCAUCAGCAUCAGCAUCAGCGCAUCAGCAUCAGCGCAUCAGCAUCAGCGCAUCAGCAUCAGCGCUUCACCAUCAGCGCAUCAGCAUCAGCAUCAGCAUCAGCAUCAGCGCAUCAGCACCUGCAUCAGCGCAUCAGCAUCAGCAUCAGCGCAUCCUGAUGCAUCAGCGCAUCAGCAUCAGUGCAUCAGCAUCAGCGCAUCAGCAUCAGCGCAUCAGCAUCAGCGCAUCAGCAUCAGCGCAUCAGCAUCAGCGCAUCAGCAUCAGCGCAUCAGCAUCAGCAUCAGCAUCAGCGCAUCAGCAUCAGCGUAUCAGAAUCAGCGCAUCAGCAUCAGCGCAUCAGCAUCAGCGCAUCAGCAUCAGCGCAUCAGCAUCAGCGCAUCAGCAUCAGCAUCAGCAUCAGCGCAUCAGCAUCAGCGCAUCAGCAUCAGCGCAUCAGCAUCAGCGCAUCAGCAUCAGCGCAUCAGCAUCAGCGCAUCAGCAUCAGCGCAUCAGCAUCAGCGCAUCAGCAUCAGCGCAUCAGCAUCAGCGCAUCCUCAUCAGCAUCAGCGCAUCAGCAUCAGCGCAUCAGCAUCAGCAUCAGCAUCAGCGCAUCAGCAUCAGCGCAUCAGCAUCAGCGCAUCAGCAUCAGCGCAUCAGCAUCAGCGCAUCAGCAUCAGCGCAUCAGCAUCAGCAUCAGCGCAUCAGCAUCAGCGCAUCAGCAUCAGCGCAUCAGCAUCAGCAUCAGCGCAUCACCAUCAGUAUCAGCCCAUCAGCAUCAGCGCAUCAGCAUCAGCGCAUCAGCAUCAGCGCAUCAGCAUCAGCGCAUCAGCAUCAGCGCAUCAGCAUCAGCGCAUCAGCAUCAGCGCAUCAGCAUCAGCGCAUCAGCAUCAGCGCAUCAGCAUCAGCGCAUCAGCAUCAGCGCAUCAGCAUCAGCGCAUCAGCAUCAGCGCAUCAGCAUCAGCGCAUCAGCAUCAGCAUCAGCAUCAGCAUCAGCGCAUCAGCAUCAGCGCAUCAGCAUCAGCGCAUCAGCAUCAGCAUCAGCGCAUCAGCAUCAGCGCAUCAGCAUCAGCAUCAGCGCAUCAGCAUCAGCAUCAGCGCAUCAGCAUCAGCAUCAGCGCAUCAGCAUCAGCAUCAGCAUCAGCGCAUCAGCAUCAGCGCAUCAGCAUCAGCGCAUCAGCAUCAGCGCAUCAGCAUCAGCGCAUCAGCAUCAGCGCAUCAGCAUCAGCGCAUCAGCAUCAGCGCAUCAGCAUCAGCGCAUCAGCAUCAGCGCAUCAGCAUCAGCGCAUCAGCAUCAGCGCAUCAGCAUCAGCGCAUCAGCAUCAGCGCAUCAGCAUCAGCGCAUCAGCAUCGGCGCACCAGCAUCAGCGCAUCAGCAUCGGCGCAUCAGCAUCAGCAUCAGCGCAUCAGCAUCAGCGCAUCAGCAUCAGCGCAUCAGCAUCAGCAUCAGCGCAUCAGCAUCAGCGCAUCAGCAUCAGCGCAUCAGCAUCAGCAUCAGCGCAUCAGCAUCAGUAUCAGCCCAUCAGCAUCAGCGCAUCAGCAUCAGCGCAUCAGCAUCAGCGCAUCAGCAUCAGCGCAUCAGCAUCAGCGCAUCAGCAUCAGCGCAUCAGCAUCAGCGCAUCAGCAUCAGCGCAUCAGCAUCAGCGCAUCAGCAUCAGCGCAUCAGCAUCAGCGCAUCAGCAUCAGCAUCAGCAUCAGCGCAUCAGCAUCAGCGCAUCAGCAUCAGCAUCAGCGCAUCAGCAUCAGCAUCAGCGCAUCAGCAUCAGCAUCAGCGCAUCAGCAUCAGCAUCAGCGCAUCAGCAUCAGCAUCAGCGCAUCAGCAUCAGCGCAUCAGCAUCAGCGCAUCAGCAUCAGCGCAUCAGCAUCAGCGCAUCAGCAUCAGCGCAUCAGCAUCAGCGCAUCAGCAUCAGCGCAUCAGCAUCAGCGCAUCAGCAUCAGCGCAUCAGCAUCAGCGCAUCAGCAUCAGCGCAUCAGCAUCAGCGCAUCAGCAUCAGCGCAUCAGCGUCGGCGCAUCAGCAUCAGCGCAUCAGCAUCAGCGCAUCAGCAUCAGCAUCAGCAUCAGCAUCAGCAUCAGCGCAUCAGCAUCAGCAUCAGCAUCAGCCCAUCAGCAUCAGCGCAUCAGCAUCAGCGCAUCAGCAUCAGCAUCAGCGCAUCAGCAUCAGCAUCAGCGCAUCAGCAUCAGCGCAUCAGCAUCAGCGCAUCAGCAUCAGCGCAUCAGCAUCAGCGCAUCAGCAUCAGCGCAUCAGCAUCAGCGCAUCAGCAUCAGCGCAUCAGCAUCAGCGCAUCAGCAUCAGCGCAUCAGCAUCAGCGCAUCAGCAUCAGCGCAUCAGCAUCAGCGCAUCAGCAUCAGCGCAUCAGCAUCAGCGCAUCAGCAUCAGCAUCAGCAUCAGCGCAUCAGCAUCAGCGCAUCAGCAUCAGCAUCAGCGCAUCAGCAUCAGCAUCAGCGCAUCAGCAUCAGCAUCAGCGCAUCAGCAUCAGCAUCAGCGCAUCAGCAUCAGCAUCAGCGCAUCAGCAUCAGCGCAUCAGCAUCAGCGCAUCAGCAUCAGCGCAUCAGCAUCAGCGCAUCAGCAUCAGCGCAUCAGCAUCAGCGCAUCAGCAUCAGCGCAUCAGCAUCAGCGCAUCAGCAUCAGCGCAUCAGCAUCAGCGCAUCAGCAUCAGCGCAUCAGCAUCAGCGCAUCAGCAUCAGCGCAUCAGCAUCAGCGCAUCAGCAUCAGCAUCAGCAUCAGCGCAUCAGCAUCAGCAUCAGCAUCAGCAUCAGCAUCAGCGCAUCAGCAUCAGCAUCAGCAUCAGCCCAUCAGCAUCAGCGCAUCAGCAUCAGCGCAUCAGCAUCAGCAUCAGCGCAUCAGCAUCAGCAUCAGCGCAUCAGCAUCAGCGCAUCAGCAUCAGCGCAUCAGCAUCAGCGCAUCAGCAUCAGCGCAUCAGCAUCAGCGCAUCAGCAUCAGCGCAUCAGCAUCAGCGCAUCAGCAUCAGCAUCAGCGCAUCAGCAUCAGCGCAUCAGCAUCAGCGCAUCAGCAUCAGCGCAUCAGCAUCAGCGCAUCAGCAUCAGCGCAUCAGCAUCAGCGCAUCAGCAUCAGCGCAUCAGCAUCAGCGCAUCAGCAUCAGCGCAUCAGCAUCAGCGCAUCAGCAUCAGCGCAUCAGCAUCAGCGCAUCAGCAUCAGCGCAUCAGCAUCAGCAUCAGCGCAUCAGCAUCAGCGCAUCAGCAUCAGCGCAUCAGCAUCAGCGCAUCAGCAUCAGCGCAUCAGCAUCAGCGCAUCAGCAUCAGCGCAUCAGCAUCAGCGCAUCAGCAUCAGCGCAUCAGCAUCAGCAUCAGCGCAUCAGCAUCAGCGCAUCAGCAUCAGCGCAUCAGCAUCAGCGCAUCAGCAUCAGCGCAUCAGCAUCAGCGCAUCAGCAUCAGCGCAUCAGCAUCAGCGCAUCAGCAUCAGCGCAUCAGCAUCAGCGCAUCAGCAUCAGCGCAUCAGCAUCAGCGCAUCAGCAUCAGCGCAUCAGCAUCAGCAUCAGCAUCAGCGCAUCAGCAUCAGCGCAUCAGCAUCAGCAUCAGCGCAUCAGCAUCAGCGCAUCAGCAUCAGCGCAUCAGCAUCAGCAUCAGCAUCAGCGCAUCAGCAUCAGCGCAUCAGCAUCAGCGCAUCAGCAUCAGCGCAUCAGCAUCAGCGCAUCAGCAUCAGCGCAUCAGCAUCAGCGCAUCAGCAUCAGCGCAUCAGCAUCAGCAUCAGCGCAUCAGCAUCAGCGCAUCAGCAUCAGCGCAUCAGCAUCAGCGCAUCAGCAUCAGCGCAUCAGCAUCAGCGCAUCAGCAUCAGCGCAUCAGCAUCAGCGCAUCAGCAUCAGCGCAUCAGCAUCAGCGCAUCAGCAUCAGCGCAUCAGCAUCAGCGCAUCAGCAUCAGCGCAUCAGCAUCAGCGCAUCAGCAUCAGCGCAUCAGCAUCAGCGCAUCAGCAUCAGCGCAUCAGCAUCAGCGCAUCAGCAUCAGCGCAUCAGCAUCAGCAUCAGCGCAUCAGCAUCAGCGCAUCAGCAUCAGCGCAUCAGCAUCAGCGCAUCAGCAUCAGCGCAUCAGCAUCAGCGCAUCAGCAUCAGCGCAUCAGCAUCAGCGCAUCAGCAUCAGCGCAUCAGCAUCAGCGCAUCAGCAUCAGCGCAUCAGCAUCAGCGCAUCAGCAUCAGCGCAUCAGCAUCAGCAUCAGCAUCAGCGCAUCAGCAUCAGCGCAUCAGCAUCAGCGCAUCAGCAUCAGCGCAUCAGCAUCAGCGCAUCAGCAUCAGCGCAUCAGCAUCAGCGCAUCAGCAUCAGCAUCAGCGCAUCAGCAUCAGCGCAUCAGCAUCAGCGCAUCAGCAUCAGCGCAUCAGCAUCAGCGCAUCAGCAUCAGCAUCAGCGCAUCAGCAUCAGCAUCAGCGCAUCAGCAUCAGCGCAUCAGCAUCAGCGCAUCAGCAUCAGCGCAUCAGCAUCAGCGCAUCAGCAUCAGCGCAUCAGCAUCAGCGCAUCAGCAUCAGCGCAUCAGCAUCAGCGCAUCAGCAUCAGCAUCAGCGCAUCAGCAUCAGCGCAUCAGCAUCAGCGCAUCAGCAUCAGCGCAUCAGCAUCAGCGCAUCAGCAUCAGCAUCAGCGCAUCAGCAUCAGCGCAUCAGCAUCAGCAUCAGCGCAUCAGCAUCAGCGCAUCAGCAUCAGCGCAUCAGCAUCAGCAUCAGCGCAUCAGCAUCAGCGCAUCAGCGCAUCAGCAUCAGCAUCAGCGCAUCAGCAUCAGCGCAUCAGCAUCAGCGCAUCAGCAUCAGCAUCAGCAUCAGCAUCAGCAUCAGCGCAUCAGCAUCAGCGCAUCAGCAUCAGCGCAUCAGCAUCAGCGCAUCAGCAUCAGCGCAUCAGCAUCAGCGCAUCAGCAUCAGCGCAUCAGCAUCAGCGCAUCAGCAUCAGCGCAUCAGCAUCAGCGCAUCAGCAUCAGCGCAUCAGCAUCAGCAUCAGCGCAUCAGCAUCAGCAUCAGCGCAUCAGCAUCAGCGCAUCAGCAUCAGCGCAUCAGCAUCAGCGCAUCAGCAUCAGCGCAUCAGCAUCAGCGCAUCAGCAUCAGCGCAUCAGCAUCAGCGCAUCAGCAUCAGCGCAUCAGCAUCAGCGCAUCAGCAUCAGCGCAUCAGCAUCAGCAUCAGCGCAUCAGCAUCAGCGCAUCAGCAUCAGCGCAUCAGCAUCAGCGCAUCAGCAUCAGCGCAUCAGCAUCAGCAUCAGCGCAUCAGCAUCAGCGCAUCAGCAUCAGCGCAUCAGCAUCAGCGCAUCAGCAUCAGCGCAUCAGCAUCAGCAUCAGCGCAUCAGCAUCAGCGCAUCAGCAUCAGCGCAUCAGCAUCAGCGCAUCAGCAUCAGCAUCAGCAUCAGCGCAUCAGCAUCAGCGCAUCAGCAUCAGCGCAUCAGCAUCAGCGCAUCAGCAUCAGCGCAUCAGCAUCAGCAUCAGCGCAUCAGCAUCAGCGCAUCAGCAUCAGCGCAUCAGCAUCAGCGCAUCAGCAUCAGCGCAUCAGCAUCAGCGCAUCAGCAUCAGCGCAUCAGCAUCAGCGCAUCAGCAUCAGCGCAUCAGCAUCAGCGCAUCAGCAUCAGCGCAUCAGCAUCAGCGCAUCAGCAUCAGCGCAUCAGCAUCAGCUUAACCCUGGCGCAUCAGCAUCAGCAUCAGCGCAUCAGCAUCAGCGCAUCAGCAUCAGCGCAUCAGCAUCAGCGCAUCAGCAUCAGCAUCAGCAUCAGCAUCAGCGCAUCAGCAUCAGCGCAUCAGCAUCAGCAUCAGCGCAUCAGCAUCAGCAUCAGCGCAUCAGCAUCAGCGCAUCAGCAUCAGCGCAUCAGCAUCAGCGCAUCAGCAUCAGCGCAUCAGCAUCAGCGCAUCAGCAUCAGCGCAUCAGCAUCAGCAACAUCCGCAUCAGCGCAUCCGCAUCAACGCAUCAGCAUCAGCACAUCAGCAUCAGCGCAUCAGCAUCAGCGCAUCAGCAUCAGCGCAUCAGCAUCAGCGCAUCAGCAUCAGCGCAUCAGCAUCAGCAUCAGCAUCAGCGCAUCAGCAUCAGCGCAUCAGCAUCAGCAUCAGCAUCAGCCCAUCAGCAUCAGCGCAUCAGCAUCAGCAUCAGCGCAUCAGCAUCAGCAUCAGCGCAUCAGCAUCAGCAUCAGCGCAUCAGCGCAUCAGCAUCAGCGCAUCAGCAUCAGCGCAUCAGCAGGCGCAUCAGCAUCAGCGCAUCAGCAUCAGCGCAUCAGCAGCAUGCAUCAGCAUCACAUCAUCGGCAUCAGCAUCAGCAUCAGCAUCAUCAUCAGCAUCAGCAUCAGCGCAUCAGCAUCAGCGCAUCAGCAUCAGCGCAUCAGCAUCAGCGCAUCAGCAUCAGCGCAUCAGCAUCAGCAUCAGCGCAUCAGCAUCAGCAUCAGCGCAUCAGCAUCAGCGCAUCAGCAUCAGCGCAUCAGCAUCAGCAUCAGCGCAUCAGCAUCAGCGCAUCAGCAUCAGCGCAUCAGCAUCAGCGCAUCAGCAUCAGCGCAUCAGCAUCAGCAAUCAGCACAUUAGCAUCAGCGCAUCAGCACCUGCAUCAGCGCAUCAGCAUCAGCAUCAGCGCAUCCUGA